AUGGGCAGCGAUCCUCCUGGUUGUACAUCCAAUACCCGAGACCCACCAGGCACGGUGAACAGUCCCGACAGUAGUUCGGACGAAGAAGACGUGGACGAAGACUCGGAAGGACAACCGCCGCAGACAGUACUAGCACAAGCGCCACAACCAGCAGCAGACGAGAGCAGUGAUGAAGACGACGAAGAAGAAGAAGUGGACGAGGAAGCGGUAGCCAAGAAAGGUGGGACUACAGCAGCAACUACAGCAACAACAAAGACAGCAAAGAGCGUGUCAAAGGAAAAUCCAAGCCAAGUCAAAGACAAGAAGGAAUCAGCAGUAGAAGAGAAACCAAAGGCUGCUGCAGCUGCCAACCCUAAGGCGACCACCACGGCAACAACAACGAAGAGUGAACCAGUGAAGACGGCUUCAGCUCCUACUACAAGUACACAAGAAAAGGAGAAAGCAGAGAUGAAGAAAGCAGCAGCAAAAGAAAUGGAGAAAUCAAAGCAAGCUACUCCACAAACAGCAGCAACUGCAGCACCCAAUACAGCCACACAGCCAAGUACCACUAAGCCAGCAGCAGCCACUACCAAACCAGCACCCUCUACUCAAUCACAACAACAAACUUCAGUGGCAAAACCACCACCACCACCACCAGCAGUUCCGCAACAACCCACCAAGGCACUAGUAGUAGCCAGCAGCACACCAGCUCCCACUGCCACAGCUGUAGCCAAACCUGCGACUUCAGUGGCUACUAGUGCUACUACGGCAGCUGUUCCACUGUCAAAACCAAUUCCGCAAUCAAAGCCAGUACCACAAGUCCAGCAACAACCAGCUGUAGUAGUUAAGCAGCCACAAGCAACUCAAGUGGCACAACCAGCAGCACCACGACCAACAGUGCCAACACAGCUUGGCAAACCUCAACCAACACCACUACCACAACCCACUCCUCCACCAGCUGUGUUACCUACAACCAAACCACCACCACCAGCUGCAACAAACGCCCCCGUAGUAGUCAACACACUUGCGCAACAACAACCACAAGCCAAACUAGCACCACCACCACCUCAACAACAACCACUCAGAGUACAACAACCAGCCGCACUUGUUGCCACUCCAUCUUCCAGAGCCAUAGUACCACCGGUAGUACAGCCAGUCAAAGUAGCCACUUCCACUAAUAAGGGGACGACUACUGCCAUUACAACAGCAACCACCAAACCGGUUGUUGCCAUUAAUGCCAAAUUGGCACGAGCGGCAGCACUCACAACACCCAACCACAACAACAACAAUACUCCCAGUACACCCACGACGCCCAAAAAUGCCGUUCUAGGGCUCGUACCUGAUUCGGCUGUCGUUGCACAAGUUGUACAAGAUUUGUGUGCUCUACUGCAGACAUACGGCCCCUUGACAUUUCGACAAUUGGAAUUCAAUCUACCACCCGUCACGCUCACCAAAUCGUCCGCCGUUGCCAUGACCAACAAUAAUACUGCCACAACCACAAACACCACUUCCACCACCGCUGCAUCAACUUCGACCACAAGUUCGUCUUCCUCCUUUUCUGCCAAACAAGCAUCGGCAUUUGUCUUGAAGGAUAUUCUCGAACUACUCGUUGCCACGGGAGUGGUGCAAAUGGUACAACAGCCAGUUUCCACAACCGCUACCACCAGCGCUACCAAAACUACUACACCACAACAACCCCAACCGGUCCGUUACGCCAUGUGCUACGGAGUUCCACGACACGAAACGGACAGUCUCAUGCCCCACACGAUACUCCAACAAGUCGAUGAGGCAUUGGACGAAUUGGAUGCCUCCCAAAAACGAGUGGCGCGUCUCCAGGAAGUCUGGCGACAACAAAAACAGGCCAUUGCGGCGGCACCGACCAGUCGUCACGUCAAUGCCGCACCCGUCCGCGAUUGUUUGCGGACACUGCUAUUAAAUGAACAGGAUCGACAAGAUAUGAUUUCGGAUCCCGUUUAUUUUGCCGCAUUGCGCAAUCUGCAUAUUGAUGUCGUGGGAAUGGAACAGCAACAACAACAAGAAGAUGUGCCCCCGGAAGGUAGCAACAAGAAAAAGGGAACCAAGAAAAAGGGGUCCAAGAAACGGAAAUUGUCGUCGGCUUCCACAACUGCAGCGGGAGGGGCUGCUGCGCCAGCGACGACGACUCCAGCAGUGCCCAAAAAGAAGAAAAAGGCUCCGGCUCCUGCGACGACGGCAGCAGCUGUAGUUGUCAAAAAGGCCCCACCGGCACCAGCACCGGCGGUGGUGGUCAAGCCGGCCAUUACCAUGCCACCGCCGCAACCCGUGGCGGCGGCUCCAGUGUCGACUCUGGGGGUGCCCAAUCCACUGGCACCAGCAUCCAAGCCCACUGCUGCAGCUCCAAAAGUGGUUGCCGCAGCAGCUUCUUUACAACCAGCAGCAGCAGCAGCACCUGCCGCCAAACCAGCCCCAGGGCCAACCUAA